AUGGCCAUGUUUCUCCAUUUUGGACCCAACACCUUCACAGACUCAGAAUGGGGCACAGGCCACGUUGACCCUUCAGCCUUCAACCCCACCAAGCUCAAUGCCACUCAGUGGGUCAAAGUGGCCAAAGACUCGGGCUUUUCCCGCGUAAUUCUCACUGCAAAGCACCACGAUGGGUUCUGCUUGUGGCCCACUGAGUACACCAACUACUCGGUGAGCUCCAGCCCCUGGAGGAAUGGUGGUGGUGAUGUUGUUGGUGAGCUUGCUAUGGCUGCUAGGGACGCAGGUAUUGGAUUGGGGCUUUACCUUUCGCCGUGGGAUCGGCAUGAACCGUUCUAUGGGAAGACUUUGGAGUACAACGAGUUCUACAUGGGGCAAAUGACAGAAUUGCUGACAAGGUAUGGAGAGAUGAAGGAGGUGUGGUUGGAUGGUGCAAAGGGGAAGGGGGAGAAAGACAUGGAAUAUUUUUUUGAUUCUUGGUUUAGUCUCAUUCAUCAACUCCAGCCAGGGGCUGUCAUUUUUUCCGAUGCUGGUCCUGACACCAGGUGGGUUGGGGAUGAAGCUGGCGUUGCCGGGUCUACUUGUUGGUCUCUUUUCAAUCGGAGUGAUGCAAAGAUUGGCGACACUGAUUACCAAUAUUCAAGUGGAGGAGACCCAUAUGGUCAUGAUUGGGUACCAGCUGAGUGUGAUGUCUCAAUCAGGCCUGGUUGGUUUUGGCAUUCGUCGGAACUUCCAAAAUCUGCAAGGACUCUUCUUGACCUAUACUACAAAUCAGCUGGCAGAAAUUGUCUCUUGUUACUCAAUGUACCCCCAAACUCUUCAGGUCUCAUAUCAGCAGAAGAUAUCCAAGUGCUUCAAGAAUUCAGUGAGCUCCGGAGGUCAAUAUUCUCACAUAAUCUGGCCAUAAAUGCCCUUAUCAACGCAAGCUGUACGCGAGGAGGUAGUAGCCAUUCUUGGUUCAACCCCUACAAUGUCGUCAAAGAAGGUAUUCAGUCCUAUUGGGCCCCUGAGGUAAAUCAGUCUAAUUGGAUUCUAUACUUGAACCUUCAAGAAAUAGUAUCAUUCAACAUUCUGCAAGUUCAAGAGCCAAUUCAAAUGGGACAGCGGGUUUUUGAGUUCCAUCUUGAGGUCCUGAAUGAAGAUGGGGAGUGGAAUGAAGUAAUUAAUGGCACCACAAUCGGAUAUCAAAGGCUUCUGCAAUUUCCGACGGUAAAAUCUCAGUACUUGAGGUUUGUUAUCGACAAGGCCCGGGCAGACCCACUUAUUUCCUACUUGGGUAUAUAUAUGGAUGAAUUUUCCAUCUUGAGCAACUUAUCUAAUACAACCUCACAAGCAGGCAUCAAUGGCAGUCAAGUUCUUCAUGGCCAUAUUGAAUCCAAUCAUUCUCAAAUUUCUGCCAUAUAG